CGGUCUGACAAGAGAAUGGCAAUCCUGCACGUAAACUGUCAAUAGGACUGUAUAUUUGAGGAUGAACCUACCAGAACACUGGAUCCAAAGUCGACACACCGAACAAGAGAAUGUCAAGACAUAUUUCAGGAGAUUGUGAGUGUCACUAAAGAUGUCCGAUAGAGUCGAUAUUGAAGAGAAACCGCCAGCCCCUCCCUUGAGAAUGAACAGUAGUCCCCGAGACUCUUCAACAGUGAAUCACGGCUCCAAACCUCUCCCAAUGGCUCCUGAGGAGAAGAACAAGAAGGUCCGCCUGCGCUCCAUCUUCCCUGGAGGAGACAAGACGAACAAGAAGAAGGAGAAGGAGCGUCCUGAGAUCUCCCUGCCCUCAGACUUUGAGCACACCAUCCAUGUUGGCUUUGAUGCUGUUACAGGGGAGUUCACUGGCAUCCCAGAGCAGUGGGCGCGGCUCCUUCAGACCUCCAACAUCACCAAGCUGGAGCAGAAGAAGAACCCUCAGGCCGUGCUGGACGUGCUCAAGUUCUACGACUCCAAAGAGACAGUCAACAACCAGAAAUACAUGAGCUUCACCUCCGGAGACAAGUCAGCACAGGGAUACAUAGCAGCCAACACUCUGAGUGCAAAGACAUCCACAGAGCCCCCUAUAGCACUCCCUGUGUCAGAGGAGGAGGAGGAGGAGGAGGACGAAGAGGAGGAGGAUGACGAUGAUAACGAUGAGCUACCACCCGUCAUCGCACCUCGACCUGAGCACACUAAAUCUAUCUACACCCGCUCUGUCAUCGAACCCUUGGCGCCUCCCGCCCCUGUGAAGGAGGUCACAACCCCACCGGAGUCCCAGGUCCAGCCGGAGAACACGUCCAGCACUCUGUACCGCCACACCGAUCGGCAGAGGAAGAAGUCCAAGAUGACAGACGAGGAGAUUCUGGAGCGACUGAGGAGCAUUGUGAGUGUGGGGGACCCCAAAAAGAAGUACACACGCUUUGAGAAAAUAGGACAAGGGGCAUCUGGCACUGUGUACACAGCCAUUGACAUUGCUACUGGCCAGGAGGUGGCCAUCAAGCAGAUGAACCUCCAACAGCAGCCUAAGAAGGAGCUGAUCAUCAACGAGAUCCUGGUUAUGAGGGAAAACAAAAACCCCAACAUAGUCAACUACCUGGACAGUUACCUGGUAGGGGAUGAGCUAUGGGUGGUGAUGGAAUACCUGGCUGGAGGUUCACUGACUGACGUGGUGACUGAGACCUGCAUGGACGAGGGCCAGAUCGCUGCAGUCUGCAGAGAAUGUCUGCAGGCUCUGGACUUCCUGCACUCCAACCAGGUGAUCCACAGAGACAUCAAGAGUGACAACAUCCUGCUGGGCAUGGACGGCUCGGUCAAGCUCACCGACUUUGGGUUCUGUGCCCAGAUCACCCCAGAGCAGAACAAGCGAAGCACCAUGGUGGGCACGCCCUAUUGGAUGGCACCCGAGGUCGUGACCCGUAAGGCCUACGGGCCCAAGGUGGACAUCUGGUCCCUGGGUAUCAUGGCUAUAGAGAUGGUGGAGGGAGAACCUCCCUACCUGAAUGAGAACCCUCUCAGGGCCCUGUACCUAAUCGCCACCAACGGGACUCCAGAGCUGCAGAACCCUGAGCGUCUGACCUCCGUGUUCAGAGACUUCCUCAACCGCUGCCUGGAGAUGGACGUGGACCGCAGAGGCUCAGCCAAGGAGCUCCUCCAGCAUUCAUUCCUGAAGUUAGCCAAGCCCCUGUCCAGCCUGAGCCCUCUGAUUGUAGCAGCCAAGGAGGCCAUAAAAAACAGCAGCCGCUAGAGGGCGCCAUGUGUCCACACACAGAGCUGGACCCUGCUCCAUGGUGUUGUGUGACAGACUGACAGCACAAGGACAGACCAGUAACCAACCCCCCUGCUGCCUCAUACAGGGGAUGGACAGCUGGCCUGCAGGGCCUCUCAGCGGUGGGACGCUGCUGCUGA